UUCUAUUCUAUUUUAUUAAAGGGAUUGUAUGCAUAUAUAAUUUUUUGUCGGUAGUGUAAAUCAGUGUCUCCACCUCCCCCUUAAGGCGCGUUGUUGAGGCCGUUUCUCUCCAGCUGGUCGUUCUCGUGUGAUUCUCACGCUCGCAUCGUCUCAUCCGCGCGCCCGUGAUGAGCAUCCGGAGAAGAAGUGCCUGAUACAAACAUCACGCAAAUGUCGUUGCUGAAUCUGAAAGCAUCUUUGGCGGUGUCGCAUCCUGUCGCGCGAGGAUGAUGGCCGGGGUUCGCGCGUUUCUGGGUGCAGCGCGAGCAAAUGGAUGCGUGUGCGCGAUAUUUGUCCUUGAGUUGAGCGCUGCCAGCUCGGGAUGUUUCAGUGUUGCAUGACCCAAUGCAUCUUGAAACAAAAGCCUAUGGCGAUACAAUAAGCGUACUCGUUUAUAUCUGCGUCUUUGUGUCCAUAUGCGCCUUGCUUUCGUGAAGAGUACUGCGGGCGACUCGCGUAUCUAAUGGAGGAGACGAGGAACGGGGUGUCUUUAUUUUAGAGGAUUGCUUAUCAUCAGUGUUUGAAGAUGCCGCGGGGUGUGCGGAGACUGAUGCAUAUGAUGCUCUUCUGCCCUUUUUCUAAGGGCUUACAGUCCCGUCUCCCAGCAGUAAAGGUGAAGUAUCUGUUGGUGGUGUGGUUUGGGAUUCUGGUGGCCAGCUGGAUGCUUUACAUGCAGUAUUCUUCAUAUUCAGAGCUCUGCAGAGGACACGUCUGUACUAUGAUCAUAUGUGAUCAUUAUCAGAGGGGAAUCAUCUCCGGCUCGGCAUGUAAGUCUCUCUGUGAGGAAAAAACCCUCUCUCUUCAACACUGUCUUUCAACAUCACCUACACACCAGGUGUACAGUGCCGAAUGGAAGGAGAAAGCCGUUCUGGUGAAAUGUGGCAUUGAGGAGAGUAUGAAAGGAGAAAACGGCCCUGAUUCUCCACAGCAGCACCAAAUCAGCCUCUUUGACAAACCCACCCGUGGGACGUCCAUGGAUGAAUUCAGAGCGAUGCUGCAUUCCUUUCUCAAGGACAGUGUGGGCGAGCAGACAUCUCUUGCAACUCUCGUCACGCGUGUGAUCUCUCUCGCUGAUGUCAAUGCCGACGGUAAAGUUUCUUUAGCGGAGGCCAAAUCGGUCUGGGCUCUGCUGCAAAUCAACGAGUUUGUUUUAAUGGUGGCGCUCCACGAUAAAGAACACGCACCUCGCCUGCUGGGCUUCUGCGGUGAUCUUUAUGUGACUGAGCACAUAGCACACAGCGCCCUCUUUAGGCUGGAGGUGCCUGGCUGGAUGCAGCCGGUGUUCCCCGAGGCACUGGGCGUGGCUCUUAACCGAUGGCUCGCCCCGGCGUGGCCCCGCAGGGCCCGAAUCACCAUCGGCCUGCUGGAAUUUGUGGAAGAGGUUUUCCACGGCGUGUACGGCAGCUUUUAUAUGUGUGAAGCUAGCCCGCAACGGGUCGGCUACAACGCUAAUUACGACUUCAAAAUGGCCGACCUUCAAAGCGUAGCGUCGGAGGCGACCAUCAAGGGAUUCUUACGAGGAAGAACGUGCGAGGCGAACGCCGACUGCACUUACGGGCGGGAUUGUACGGCGACGUGUGAUAGGUUGGCCAGGCAGUGUAACGUGGAAGUGGUGCAGCCCAACCUGGCCAAGGUUUGCGCCCUACUGCAGGACUUUCUUUUGUUCGGAGCGCCGUCUGAUCUGAAAGAGGACCUGGAGAAGCAACUACGCACGUGCGUGACGCUCAGCGGACUUGCUUCCCAAAUGGAGGUGCAUCAUUCCCUCGUUCUCAACAACCUUAAAACGCUAUUGUGGAAGAAGAUCUCGAAUACCAAGUACUCUUGAGACAGUAAAAAGAAGAUGGUGGUGAAGGAAUGAAUGAAUUUGGGACAGUAAGAGAUAUUAAAAUGUGUCAAACAUUAAUCGCUUCUGAGACUAAUGUUGGGAGUGGUAAGGAUUCCCAGAUACACUACAUUCUCACCUAUUUUAACCCUUUAACCUAUUAAAAUACCUUCUGAAAACUUUACUUUGACUUUAAGGUGAAAAUGGUCCAGUUGGGGAAAGAGGAGGACUAAAAGAUUUCUUCAACAGUGAGGCCUGAUUAAUGAACUUCUAGGACACUUACAAUAACCUGGCAAAAGGUUUUAAGUUGCAUCUUGAAAGACAAACUACAUCUACACCUACUUUGACUCUUAUUACAGAACAAGAAAUUGGCUUUAGCAAUGUUUGAAGCCAAGUCAGGAGUCUCUGCCAAGACCUGCAACACAAUUUAAGAAGACUUGACCACUGAAUACAUAACAUAUAAUUAAGAGAUAAAGUUAUAUAUGAUGUCUUUUUACAGCGUGUUUGUUGUGUUUGCACUAGGAGUAUGUUUUCAUUCAUUUUGUAGUGUUAUAUAUUUCUCACAUAUUUAUUUUCAGAGUGGUUCGAGAAUUAAUGAAGAAAUCCUUGAGAUCUUAAACGCUUAAACUGUGAGAGUAUUUUUCUUUCGAACGUGUUUCUCAGGGUUUGUGUGUCGAUGUCUGAAUGUGUUUGGUAAGAGAUUACUGCUAACAUUAAACAUAACUGAAACAGAA